AUGAGCCUCAAUGAAUAUGUCAGUCUCGUCCGACAGGUUGACAAUGCCUUAGUGUUAGUACAGAGCCUAGGUAUCGCUACCGUGUUGCUGCUCGCAAUUCAAUUUCGAAAGACCUCAAUCACCAGAGCGAAGUUGAAAGCGAUUCCUACUGUCGGGUCAUCUGGUAUCAUCGCGUCUUGGAUAAAUGCUUUCAGUUUCAUUUUCCACGCAAAGGAAAUCAUUCAAGAGGGUCAGCGAAUGCACUGUGGGUCAGCAUUCAAAGUGACGUUGCCCGACAGAUGGGUAGUCAUAGUCAGCGGACCCGAGAAGAUCGAUGACAUCCGGAAGUCCCCCGUCGAGCAGUUGUCUUCUAUGGAUGCGAACGCAGAUAUUGUACAGAUGAACUAUACUAUUGGCCGCUCCGUUGUCACCGACCCUUACCAUAUCGAUGUUAUACGAGGCGCUUUCACCCGAAACAUCGCAGCUUGCUUUGCAGAUGUUCAGGACGAGAUCAAGGCCGCAUUCAACGAUAACAUACCAAUGACUGAAAAUUGGAUCGAGAUUCCUGCAUACCAAACGGCCUUGCAAAUUAUAUGCAGAGCGAGCAACCGGAUGUUCGUCGGACUUCCUCUGUGCCGGAACCACGAUUAUAUUAAACUCAACAUCAACCACACCAUCAACGCUUUCACAUGUGCAUAUAUUAUGAACCUUCUCCCAACCUUCCUGAAGCCGAUUGUGGGGUUCAUAUUCACGCCUUGCAGGCUUGCUGAGGGCAUAUAUGGGAAAAAUUGGCAGGGAAAACCGAAUGACGCUAUCCACACGACAGCUAUGGCAUUCACUAAUGCUCUGUAUGCGUUAGCUGCCCACCUCGAAUACGUCGAAACUCUACGUACCGAGGUGGAAUCUAUGAUAAAGGAAGAAGGAAAUACAAAAGCCGCAAUGGAUAGAAUGAACCAACUCGAUAGUUUCUUGAAAGAAAGUCAGAGAUUAUACGGUGAUUUCGGGGUCUUUGGAAUGCGACGUGUGGUUCGGAAGGAUUUUGUUUUCUCGGAUGGAACGGUUGUUCCCGCUGGGACUCAAGUUGCUGUGGUUUCUUGGUGCACACAUUUGGAUGAGAAGAACUACGAAAACCCACUGGAAUUUAAACCGUGGAGGUUCUCGGAAAGGAGGAAGCAAGGAGGCGAGGGUAUGCGCCACCAGUUGUCCACACCGAACCUAGAUUUCAUUUCUUUUGGCAUGGAAGAUCGGCAUGGUACUCCGGGCCGUUUCUUUGCUGCCAACGAGUUGAAGGCCCUCAUGUCUUACAUUCUCAUGAAUUUCGACGUGAAGAUUGAUAAGGUUCCCCCAUCCAUGUGGUUUUCUUCCGAACAGUCCCCCAAUCAAAGCAGUAAGGUAUCAUUCAGGAAGCGAACAUACACCACGAAUGAUUAA